AUGAGAAGACAUAUGAAGAAAGUAUCUGAGGAUGCAUUAAGUGUGUAUGUAAGAGGGAGAAACACGUUUAGCGAAGUAUUACUGAUGGUAUACGAUAGGCUAUUUGAGUGUAAUGAAAGUAACGAGAGAAGAAGGAUGUCGGUGUUUGGAAGGUGUCUUAUUGCUGAGGCUGAUGAUGUAAUGGGGAAGGUAUCUGAUGCUAUGGAUGAAGAAUCAAAAGAUAGAAUGAAAAGUUUCUGUUGCAUAGUAAGAGAACGUGGAGAGAAAUGCUGUGAUAUAGAAAGAUGGAAGCAAAUAGUGGAUGCAGAGAGUAUAGUGUGUGAUGCAUCUUUGAGUCUGUAUAGUAAGCUUCCUGAGGAGGAGCUUUUGGGGCUGCUGGCUGAAGGAUGUAUGAGAAAAUUUCUCGAGAAAGUGGAACUUAGUAAGGAGGAGUUCAAUAAGAGAGGAUAUAUGGAAUACAGUAUUGUUGACACCAAGUUAGUUCUAGACACGUAUGAUAAGCACGGGUGUGAAGUUAUGGAAGAGAUAGUUAGGCAGAUGAUGCUGGGGAAGGAUGGAAGGGAGAUAGAUUCUAAGUAUGUUGAAAAGGUUGUUCGGGUUGUUGAUGAGAGGAGGAGAAGAAGGGAGAUGGAGGCCAGUAGGCAUGCGGCUGAGUUGCUAGGGGAGGAGUUGUCAGGUAAGAAGAGUAAAGGAAAGGCAAAGGGGAAGAAGAGUAAGAAGAAG